CGCGCCGCCAGCUCCCGGCCCGCCUGCCGCCCGCCCGCCCGCCGGCCCCGCCGCGCCCGCCAGCCCUGCCGCGGAGCCCCGGCCUGGCCCCGGGCCGCCGCCACCACGCCGCGCGCCGUACUCCGCGUCAAGAAUGGGGCGGCCAAGCUGCCCAAGCCGCCCGCCGCGGCCGCCGCGGCCGAGGCUCCUGGCGCCGGCGCCGGCAUGGAGCGCUCGCAGAGCCGCCUCAGCCUGUCCGCCUCCUUCGAGGCGCUCGCCAUCUACUUCCCGUGCAUGAACUCCUUCGACGACGAGGACGCGGAAGGGGACAGCCGGAGGCUGAAGGGGGCCAUCCAGAGGAGCACGGAGACGGGCCUGGCGGUAGAGAUGCCCAGCCGGACGCUACGCCAGGCCAGCCACGAGUCCAUCGAGGACAGCAUGAACAGCUACGGCUCGGAGGGCAACCUUAACUAUGGGGGAGUUUGCCUGGCCUCAGACGCCCAGUUCAGUGACUUCCUAGGCAGCAUGGGGCCGGCGCAGUUUGUGGGCCGCCAGACCCUGGCCACCACGCCGAUGGGGGACGUGGAGAUUGGCUUGCAGGAGCGGAAUGGUCAGCUCGAAGUGGACAUCAUCCAGGCUCGGGGACUGACAGCCAAGCCAGGAUCCAAGACACUGCCAGCGGCCUACAUCAAGGCCUACCUGCUAGAGAACGGCGUCUGCAUUGCCAAGAAGAAGACCAAAGUCGCUCGCAAGUCACUGGACCCGCUGUAUAACCAGGUGCUGCUGUUCCCCGAGAGUCCCCAGGGCAAAGUCCUGCAGGUGAUCGUGUGGGGGAACUACGGGCGGAUGGAGCGGAAGCAGUUCAUGGGUGUGGCCCGCGUGCUGCUGGAAGAGCUGGACUUGACCACUCUGGCCGUGGGCUGGUACAAGCUCUUCCCCACCUCCUCCAUGGUGGACCCAGCCGCAGGCCCCCUGCUCCGGCAGGCAUCCCAGUUGUCCCUGGAGAGCACCGUGGGGCCCUGUGGCGAGCGAUCUUAGUGCCGGGGAUGGGGAGGGGCUCCCCAAGAUGGCCUGAGACCGCCAAGCCCCGACCUGGGACCCCAGGCCCAGGGGCACUUUGAACAGAGGAGGCCGGGGUUUUCCCUCGCAGCGGGGAAGCAGCACGGGGAGACCUGCCCCCCCAGGGCCCCUCCUCACCCCUUCUUUGCCUCCUACCCCCUGAGACCUUCCCUCUCCCGACGGGAUUGGCUGCAGUUUUGACUUGGCCGGUUUUUGAUCUGGUGGAUGUGGCUGCAAUCCGGAGAAAGGAAAGAGUGAGGUGGCAGAGCAAACCAUCCUCCUGCCCUAGACGCUGUCCAACCGCUCCCCCUUUUCGCCUCCUGGGAAGCUCGCUGCCCGGAGCCAAGUCCAGAACCCAGCGGCCAUCUCCAUGGUGCCAAUUACCAGCAAGUGUCUUUCCUGCGGCACCGGGUCAGGCAGCUACUCCUGCCCCAAAGCUGAUGGGGCAGCUUUGCAAGGAUCCGGAGCCAGCUCCGGGGGGCCCAGAUCCCCCCCUUGAAGAGGAGCUCAGGCCUCCCUCCGCCUGCCCGUGGAAGGAGCUUUGCCGCAGCCUGUCCGAGUCCAUCUGUCCGUCCCCUCCUGCCUGCCCCUCUUCCAGUGGCUCUAGGAAUUGGGGUCCAGCAGGGACCAAAGGAAAGGAGGAGGUUCCCGGGGCCUGGCACAGAUCCCCAGGGUGCCUUGCUCCUGGGAUUGCACCAAGCUACUUUGGAAACUGUUGGUGGACUGGAAAGGACUCUGUCGUUUGUGUUUUGGUGGAGGAGCUGCAGACUCCGGUUGUCCAGAACCCCAAGCCCAGAGAGCCCACCAUCUCUGCAUUGUGGGGAUGCUGGAUCGGAGAGGGAGUCUGAGGAAAGCUGGGAUGGGGACUGGUGGUGCCAAGGCGAGGGUGCCACAUAGGAGAAUCUCUCCUUGUUGGAUGAGGUCAAAGUUCAUGUUGUCUACCCCUCUGCCUCCAGGCUAGGGGUCUUGGGAGGGAACACAGCUCCCCUAUUUUAGUCUUUUUAAGCCACCCAUCCUGUACUAAGGGCAGAAUCCACUGCCCCGGCCUCAAUUACCUUGGCUCAAGGAGAGAAAGAGUGAGGGGGUAGGAGUGCAAGAAUCGGAGAUUCCUUCUCAAGCAGGCCUGGGUAGCUGCCUUCCCAGCCCGGCCCUCCCCGGGGCCAGCGGAAGCCUUUUUGCAUGCUGGGGAGGACGCAGGCUGGCCCCUCUCUAUAGAAGCACAUUUCUGCCACCUCCCCUGGGAGGCCCCCCCCCAGCCCACCAUCCCUCGUUACCCAGUCCCUGCUGCGUAGGGCGUAGUCCAGGUUAGCUGGGUAGUUAGUGUUCCAAGCCCUGGGGCCUAUUCUUAGCUCGCACAUAGUCCUUACAGAGUCCCAGGAUGGGGUGGAGAGGGGCUACAAGUACAUUCCAGGAGACCGGUGUCUCCUCGCUGACCUGGGCCUGGAUCUGGAGCCUGGUUCAUGGGAGGCCAGCCCCGCCUCCUCCCCCUCCCCCUCUCCCUGUAGGGUUGUAGCUGGAGUUGCCCAUUAUACUCAGAUGUUCUGAUUUAUUAUCCUUGGUACUGAUUUUAUUUAUGAAACACUCCUGAGGAUUGUGGGCCUUGGUGGAGGGGGCCUGGGCUCCAUUAGAGGGGCUCGUUUUCCCAUGAGGAUGCCCAGCUGUGUUCAGUUCCACCUUGUCCCCAGUCCCACUCUAGGCUAUUGACCAGGCGAUUCCUUCCACCUGAAAUUCCUCCCUUCCCCUCCGCCUUUUUAAUCCCUGGGUAUCCUUUCAAGUUCUGGAUGAGUUAUUUCGCCUCCAUAGAGCUUCUCACACUGCACUGGGAGGGGGAGGUGGAGAUGCCCCUUUGUCCAGGAGGUCUUCAGCACAUCCUGGGAUGGUGGUGGGUGGAAUCCCAAGGCUGGGGCAGGAGGCAGCGGGGUUCUGGGCCAACUCACAUCUGAAGCCCAGAAUCAGCCCCUCCCCUGUUUGUCUUUUUAACCAGUGUGAUUUCUCUGCUGUUCGUUUAUUACUCACCAUUUGGAAUAUUUUGAGCCAGGAGAGCGCCUUCUCUCUCCAGCCAUCACUGCUCUGGUUGUUCAGGGGUAGCUUUUCAAGGAGGAGGCGGAGCCUGGCUGUCCCAAACAGAGGGGAAGAGGGCCUGGGGGGCCCCCCAGCCUGAUCCCACCCUCUAGUGUCUGCACAGCCUUUAUAAAGAGAGAGAGAGCGCUCCAAAGCAAUAACAUCAUCCUGGGGGUGGUCACCGAGGGCCCCCCUCAAUGACUUUCUUGUUUGUUCUGUGAAAUCUCCGCUCACCUCCUGGAGGGGUGGGGUGGGGGCUGGAGCCCUGUUUCUUUGUAUCAUCAUUGUGGGCACGUGCUCCCCUUCCAAGGGGCUCUAGCGAUUUGGCAUGGGAACCACCGUCUGUCCUCACCCAUGGAUGGGGGUUCGGGGAGGGGGUGACUAUGCUCACUAUCAGCUUUGGGGAACCUUCAGGCCCCGCUGCCGUCUGAUCCUUUGCCAGCUCAAACUCCACUGUUUGCAGAGGAGAAGAGAAGGUGCAGUGGGGGGUGGGGGGGCCUAGGUCUCUAGGGGACAAUUCUUUUUUCAGGCUCUGGGCCAAAGGCCACAUACAGGGGUCCUAUGGGAGGGAAUCAUCACUUUCCUUCUCCAGAAUCCGCUUUUCAUACAAAAGGGCAAGGGGCUUUGGGGCCAUUAGUGAAGUCAUUUCCACUUUACAGCGUAGGAGACUGAGGCCCAGCCCUGGGAAGAGCUGCCUGUGGGGUCACCCGUGAAUUCAGUGGCACCCACAGCCUGGGCCGCCUUGUCCUACCCGAGGCAGAGCUGGAGCCAGGGCAGGACGAGGUGGGGCCAUCAUUUCCUGUGACACUUCCUCCUCCCUUCUCUCCGUGGAGCUUCCCAGCGGUCUUGAAAGGAUGGGCAGGGCGAGUUGUAGCCCAUCUGAGAGGUGAGGAAACUGAGGCCCAGAAACAGGAAGUGACUUGCCCAAGACCCCUCAGCAAGCGAGCGAUGGGGACAGAACCGAGGGCUCCAUUGUGCUCCCCUCCUUCACAGGACAGGAGACCACUGCUCCAGGGCAUUUCUGCCAUGAUAAGCAUUUGUCAUGGGCCACUUUUAGCCCUGGGCCACCCAGCCCUGCUUGAUUCCACCUCGGUGGGCCAGUAACUUUUCUGGGCCCAGGUUUGGGGGACACGGUUGCGAAAGAGACCUAGCUCUCCUGGGGGUCUGACCCAGCUGCCUGAGGGUGCACAGGCUUUGGUCCAGGCCUUGCUAUUUGGGUGGGGGCUCCCGCCAAGGGGCCAUAAUCCCUCCAGGACUGACUUGAGGGAGGCAGGACACAGUUCCUGCCUGGAGCUGUGUAGGAGUGAGGUGGCUAUGGUACACCUCAACUUAAGGAAAUCCUCACAACCUUCACAUGUAAUAAUGCCUGAUAUUCCUGUAGUACUUUUCAAACUUUUUUGUUUUCAAAGUGCUUUUACCUCGAGUGGAUCCUCACAGAGGCCCUGGGCAGUAAGUGGGGGCCUAUGUUAUCAGCCCCAUUUUAACGAGGAGGAAGCUGAGGUCCUGCGGGGGGAAGACACCUGCUAAGGUCCCACUGUGAGUUAGAGGCUGAGCCCGGACUAGAACUGAGUUCUCUCAGUUCAGAGCUCGCUUUUCUACGUGAGGAGGUGAAGCAGAUAGUUUCGGGGGGUGGUUAUGCACUUGACACGCUGACUCGCCAUCCAGCUCCUUAACCCAGGAGCCCCUGUGCGCCCUUCAGCGUUCAGAAGCAGCGCUGAGCCCCACUCCCUUUGGAGCACAGCUGCUGCGUCAGGCGACACCACCUGCAUUUCUUUAUUGAGCAGCAGCGCUGUGCCGGGCCCAGGGGACCGAGCCCUCCUCUGUUCCCCUGUAACAACUCCCGUGUGCCUCUGGGAGGGCCCAUGUCUGUGUCACAGCACCUCAGAGUGGAUGGAAAGUGUUCAUGUCCAUGAGCUCAUCUGACUCACAGGCCCUGUGGGGAGGCUGACUGUGCCCCUUUUACUCAUAGCUUCUGUGAGGGCAAAGUGGAGACUUGAACCAGGGGCCUCAGGCACCCUGACUGGAGCCCCUUCACUCUACGACUGCCUCCCGAGGGGGUGGCAGGAAGGCGGGACCCCAGGUCCUCAGGCUGGGGGCCUCCAUCCACCCGCCUUUCCCUCAUUCCCUCUCUGGGAGCAGGAGCCCCUCGGGUCUUUGGGGAGGGAGGGUUUCCGGGGCCCCUGGGUUGGAGUGGGUCACGUUGCAUUGUGUUCAUGACCAUGUAGCUCAUGUUGAAAAUUAAAGUUUUUGGCUUUUCUAA